AUGCUGGAGUUUAUGCAUGACCAUUUGCCUUUUGCCAGGGGUCAAAUUUCAGAUUCGGCCAUGGUAUCAAAACUGUGGACUAAUCUAACCCUUGAACUAAAUGAGGCAGGAGGUGCCAUGAAGGAUCGAAAACAAUGGCAACGGUGUUGGAGUGACUGGAAGUCAACCGUCAAGUCUAAAGCUGCACAACUGAAGGCAAAACAGCAAAGGACUGGAGGUGCUGGGCCAUCAAAUGAUUCGACUCUCUCUGGUUUAAGUGAAAUGGAGUGCCGAAUUUUAAGCAUCAUUGGCCCAGAUUAUUGUGGUGAUGAGAAAACUCCAGAGUUUCCCUCUGUUUCAAUGAAUUUUCCUUCUGUUCCUGUUAUAACACCAGUCAUACCAUCUGGCUCCAAAGCUCUCAUUGUUGUACCAACAGUCAUACCAUCUGACUCUGAAACUCCUCCUUCUCCUCCACCAAUGUCAGGUUCACCAGUGCCUCCUGAAGAAACAGCAAUUGUAUUGAUUUAUGCAUGCAAAGUUUGUCAACAGUAA